GUAGUUGUCUAUAAAAGCAUUUGGCACAGUCCGUGUAGCUCAGUCGUUCUGAUUGUUUACUUGUGUUCUCACGUCGCACAUAAAACAUGGAGUUUCCACGCAUCUGCCCCGCUCGGUGGCUAUCAGACGAUGGCUUCGGCAUGUGCGGAAGACGGGACUACCUGUGCCCCUUCUACGACAUGCAUUCGAACUAUUUUCGACCUUGGAAAAUGUACGAUAGCCAAAGCGUUUCCAAGGAAUUCGGAUCUACAAUAGAAAACGAGAAAGGUAACUAUAAAAUAACUCUGGAUGUACAACAUUUUCGCCCAAGCGAUAUCAGCGUGAAAGUGACGGAUACCGAAAUUAUAGUGGAAGGGAAACACGAGGAUAGACCUGACGCGCACGGAUUUAUCUCGAGACAGUUUAGAAGACGGUAUCCCCUACCAAGUAACUGUCCCCCAGAGAACGUCACUUCCUCAAUGUCUUCAGAUGGUGUUCUCACCAUCAUUUCUGAGAAGAUAUCUAAGGGCGUAGAAAAAAUUGUACCAAUCAAGAUGUGCGGAACGAUUCCUAAGAAAACCCAAAUCGAGACUAAAACGACUUCAGAAGUUAUGCAAAAUUCUAUCAAGGAAAAUAAUAAGGAUAUCGAAGACAAGGCCUGUAGCUUAAAUAAAACUCAAAUAUUACACAAAGAAGAGCACAGUCGUCUCCUGAAACCUGAACUACUUAAGGAAGCAAUAUCCGAUACGAAUGGUGAGAAAAUGUCGUCUAAACAAGUUAUUGAAAUCACGAGCACAACACCUGAAAAGAAAGCCACUCCGGACAUCGGCGCCACAUCCAACAAAAUUGAGGAAACCAUAGCUAAGUCGAUAAUGGGGUUGUCGGAAUUGACUGAACAGUUAGGACAAAGAAGUUUGGCAUCAACUUCGGAUUCCUGUGCAAUGAAAAGCUCGACUAAUUCGUCAAAGACACUGAUUGAAGAGAGUUCGUCAUCGUACAAGUCAUCAUCAACAAUGUGCUCAACAAUAAAGACCAGUGGGAAGAUCGGUGAAUAUGUUAGUGACAUCAUCAGUGCUGAAUUGAAAGAGGCUGCUGAAAAUGUAUAAAAUAUCACCUUUUUUUUAUAAUAAUAUUUAUUGCUUAACUAUAAAAGUUUUUCUUACUUUCAUUACAAAUUGCAAUCUUAAUUUAUGUUAAGUUUAAGUAAUUGGUUUGUUAACUUAUUAUAUCAUUAGCAUUAUUAAAUAAUUUCAUUUAUGAUAAAAUCAUAUCACUUUAAAGGAAACCUCACUGUGGUGAAGCAUAAUAAUAUCAAAACAAUAAAUAAUAUAAAGAGAUCAUUGAAGACUAAUAUCAAGUACACAUUAGCAGUACAAACCCAGUUACAUUAUUUUUAUUGGAAGGGGAUUUCCCUUAUUCCAAGAAUAGAUUUAUCUAUAUACAACUGCAAUAACUUAGAAGAACUGACUAUUUUGUCUAUUAAAUACGUCAUACUUAAACACUAUUUGCUUACUAGAUGUAAAACAAAUUAAAAAAAACAACAGAAUAACAAUAUAUAGGGUAAAUGCAAAAACACACUGACUAUUAUAAAUUCACUGGCUCCACUAAAAUGACAUCCCUUACAGUCUAUUUAAGUCUCUUCGUCACAACACUCGUGCACCUCGUCAUUGUUUUUAUCACUAACCAAGAGUUCUGAGGUGCAGCGGUAAGGACGUAUUGAUUGUUAACAUCGGUCAUUCUUCACAGACGGAUUAAGGUCGUGAAAGUAUGCAUGAGCCAUGGCAUCGUCGGCAGGCAUCCUCAGGGCGGGGUUACAGGUGAGGAGACGAGCAAGGAGGUCCCUGCCCCGAGCUGGCAGGCGGGGCACUACUUGUGCUAGUCCUAAGCUUGGCUGAUAAACUGGCAGUGGCUUGUAGUCAGGCAGCUGGGUCACACCAGGCCACGUGUCUUCAUUUGGAGUACC